AUGUCAGAAGCUGUCAUCGCAGUCGUUAAACCUGAGAUGAAGUCUUACAUUUGGCUUCAAACUGCCGAUGGUUCAAUUCAACAAGUAGAAGAAGAGGUUGCCGUGUUUUGCCCUAUGAUAUGCCGGGAAGUAAUUCAGACAGGCAUGGGAUCUUCCAAAAACUAUGCUAUAUCACUUCCACAACGAGUCAAUCCUGCCAUCUUGGGCUUAGUUCUUGAUUACUGUCGAUUUCACCAAGUACCAGGUCGUUCUAAUAAGGAACGCAAAAAUUUUGACGAGAAGUUUAUUCGGAUGGAUACGAAAAGGUUAUGUGAGUUGACGUCUGCAGCUGAUAGCCUCCAAUUGAAACCUUUAGUUGAUAUCACAAGCCGAGCACUUGCUCGAAUUAUUGAGGGAAAAACUCCUGAGGAGAUUCGGGAAACAUUUCAUUUACCUGAUGACCUAACAGAGGAGGAGAAGUUAGAGCCCCUGAGAAACAUCACUGCUGAUCCACGUAUCCGGCUUCUGAAUCGAUUGUAUGCAAGAAAGAGGAAAGAAUUAAAAGAGAGAGAGAAGUUAAAGAAUGUCGAAAUUGUGGAGGAGCAGUUGGAUGACCGCUCGGUUGAUGAUCUCUUGUCAUUUAUAAAUGGUGGAGAUGGAGAUACAAAGGGGGCCAGAACCAACAGGAGUAAAAAGAAAAAUCGGAGGAGAAAAGAUCAAUCAAAGGUUGUCACCUCUCUCUGUGUGUGUGCGGGUGCUAGUAUGUUGCACGAUCUUUCUUCUGCUUGCCAUGUUGGGAAGGUUAGCAAUGGUUUGUUGGCAUCUUCCAGUACAUGUUCAAAAUUUCAAGAUUCUGCAGUUAUGAGUUUUUCCCCAAAGGUCGAGUUUGAUGAUGGUGAUAUUGAUGAUGGUAUAGAUCCUGCUAUGAAGGAAGAACUUGACAGGGAAGUGGAGGAUUUUGCACGAAGAUUGAAUUCAGAUUGGCCAGAAAGAAUGCAAGAAAUUUUAUCUUUGGGCCAAGAAAGAAGGUGUAGACCAGAGGUGAUGAAUCAAUGGUAGAUAACUCGUUUCUACCAUUGGUCAGCAACUUGGGUGUUUUGGAGAAGAUGGCGAUGUGGAGGUUGCUGCUGUCAAAGGCUAGAAGAGUUCACAUUUUUCUGUGUAUAUCAUGUGAGUAGUUUUGUUCGUUCUGCGAUUACCCAAAUGCAAUCUCUUUCCAUAGGCGUCUUGUAUGUUGGAAAAGAAGAAAGGGCAAAAUAAGGUUAAUGGAAAAUGUAGUUGGUAAUCUAGCGUGAUCUGUUUAUUUCUCUUAACGUUAUUUGUUGUAUCAGGUGGUUUGUAAUUUUCUGCAAUUGCCGUUGGGUGGUUCAUGUAGUAUGUACUUCUUUAGAUUAUGUCAAUUUCAUUAUAUUUAUUUAAAGAGUAAAUCUAUUCAUCA